UGUCUGACCCAGAACACCUUUAAUGCUAUCUGAAAAACAGGUGAAGGGCGGACGGUGGGUCUGUCAUCUUCCCGCCAGCCCACCUGGCGCAUUUUUCGUCUUCAUUUUGACUUUUCGUUGCCUCUGCCACCCAGAGAUCUAGUCACCAAGUUAGGUGACUAUAACUCGACACUGAUGGUCCUCUUGAAUACUUUGUACCGUCAAGGGAACUAGCUAUUCGAAAACAUAAAAUGGCACAGAGUUUUGCUUCAAGUAAAGCAUCUUAUUUUUCGUUGGAAGAAAUCUGUUAGAAGCUCCGAAGCGAUCACAAUGUUAAGCCUUUCGAAGUCUUCGGAGAGCAAGGGAGAGAGUACCUUCAAGAGCAGUCAAAGGUUCUCUCCCUUUACACACGCGGGGUCGUCUGUGGCUCGAGGCAGACGACAUCUCCGGACGAGGUCUGAGAACAGCGUGGUACGAUAUAAUGGCACCCACUUCGAUCUUUCAACUCAAGGACCUGUGAUUAACCAGGACGGGACACAACAACGAAUGUUGCACAGUCAAUUUUGAAUAUGAUCGAAACAGAUACGUGGCCACGAGCCCAGCACGAGAGCUGACCUCUCUCACUAAGGCAAUACUUGAACUCCAGGAAGUGGCUGGAACGGAAACAAGAGAGCCUCGAGCAGCUUCUGCGGGUGAACUCUUGUGGAGAGAGGGAAGCACUAAUUAAGAUAUUGGUGGCAGAGGCAGGUCACCAACAACAAGCAGUGGAUGUGCUGUUAAAAAGGGGAUGCCAUUACCUGCUACAUAACACUAGUAACACAGUCAAAGCAGACCUUGAAGACUUUCUCAUCUGUUGGAACUCUUACAAGGACAAGCUGAGCUGUAAUAAGGAGUCAAGUUCAAAUUGUCUUCAGCCUUUUAAAACUACACAGCUUCCUCCUGCUAAUAAAGGAGUGACAGAGUUGGAGGAACAGGCCGCUGAAUGUCAGGAUACAGUAAAGGUCAGAAGAGAAGUGAGAAACCACAUAGCUGGUACCACUCUCUUUCCCAUAGAAAAUAAUAAGGGCUGGCUACAUGUGCCAGGUGAAGGAGUUUUUACCUCUGCUUCCCACCUGUGGCAGAGAACCACCAAGAUCAUCAAUGGCAGAAACAAACACAUCGACUCCUGCCUGUCUGCAGACAACCCAUCAGAGGGUAAUGAUCCAAAUAAAUCAGUCGAAUUGAUGGAGUCGGCACAAGCAAGAGACAAAUCUUUGAAAGCGGCAGCUCAUCUCACCAUGCCAGGUCCACGGAAGGGUUUGAAACCGGUGGACAGUUUGCUGGGCAAGCGAAGCAAUGAGGUCCAGACAGAACAGCUGGAUUAUCUAAGGACCGAAUCCAAUGUUGUCACCUCUUCUCUCCAGUCUGGUUUGACAGCAUCUGAAGAGAGUCUAAACAGGGAGUUGGAUGCUAUCAGAGAGGCCAACCAGUCCUUUCUAAAUGCCUCAGAAGGAGAGUUGAGCUUCAGCUUUCUAGACUCCUCCAUGGGGUUUGCUGAAACUGAGGUACCUACUGAGAAAAGCUCCAUAAAUCGGGAAGAAAUGGGUUCUCCAACUGGCCCAAAGCGAAGAAGAAUGAAUGUAGAUGCUCCUCCAUUCUUUAACAAUUGGUCCGAGAAUAGCAGUUUAAGUGCAACACCAACUAGCUCCCCUGCUGGCACCCUCCCUCGUGAUUUCAAACAGCGCUAUACAAAGGAUGCAUUAUGGAAAGCUAUUGAGUCAAAUUAUGAAUACCUCAUGAACAAGGAGAUCAUCGAGACAUGCCAGUUAACAGAAAGUGACUUGUCACACAGUGAAGAUUUCAUGCCAAAUGUUUCCUUCACGGAGUUUCUCAAGCAGUAUCAGGAGCUUACUGACUGGCUUAGUCAUGUUCAGCGUGCCACCCAACGCACGGUUACCAGUCUGUCGGAAAAAUACCUCAACCAGGCUUACCAUGAGGAAAUGCUUGAAUGGUCACCCAAGCGAGAAUAUCUUAACAAAUAUGCACAUCAGCUUGUGUUGCUAUAUCCAAGUCAGUGUAAUCAAGUUUCCACCCGAAUGCAGACUCUAAAUAAUCUUUGGCAAGUUAUUGAAGCUGUUAUUACUCCACAGCAAGGCGUUAAAAAUGUGGACUGUAUGCUGCAAGAUUUGGAGUGUGAUUUAGCUGCCCUGCGCAGAUGGCUAAAUGCCACAGAAACAUGUCUACUACCAAUGACAAUCCGAGCUGAUUGGACCAACAGUGAAUUGGAAGAAAGGCUUAAGCACCACCAGCUGCUGCAGCAGGACAUCGAGUCCCACUCGAGGAUUGUAUCGGCCGUCUUGAAACUGAGCGAGAGGCUGGAGAAUGACCGCCUGACAUGCUCGUGCGACACGGACAAGGAGUCUCUUCAGCUCGUGGCCUUGAACUUACAGAAGCGCUGGCACGGAAUUUGGCUUCAGUCACUGGAGUGGCAGUGUCGCUUGGAGGAAGCCAUCAACCGCAGGAAGGGUCUUUAUGGCUCUGGUUUCAACUUCAGCAGCUUCAACCUCCCUUCUCUGGAUGAAUCGUUUGGUGCUGGCAGUGACCUUGACCUGAAUGCUGAAGCCAGCAUCCAUAACAGCAGCAGUGGAAGCUUGAUAGAGCUCAGCGAUGACAGCCUUCUGUUCAUCGGCACACGUUCCGACCGUCACCUAGGGGAUUCACUUAGUUUCAGUGGUGCACUUAGUUCUAGCCAGGGCUCUAAUUCAUCUUCACCAUUAACAUCUGCAGUGACUCGUUUUCUGGACCGAAGCAGUGGUGAUAGUGCCAACAUCAGUGAGGCUGAGUCCAGGAUGGGAGACUUUCCACCUGAUGUGUCAUACAGCCGAGUCAACCUGUCACUGAGCUUAAGCAGUGAUGGGGAGGCAGACCAUGAGGUGUCCAGAUCCCCACUAGAGCCAAAAGAUAUUGGGUACAGCAGUGAGAGUCAGUCAAACGAUGAGACGGAGACCAUGCAGCAGCAGAUUGCUUUGGAGUACCGUUUUGCAGGGCUGUGUGAGGUGGCAAGUGACAGUCCUUUGGGUGAGAAGGUUGCCAUCCCUCCCCAGAAUGGCAUCUGUCCGGAGUACUAUCGCAUGACACUUGAGGACAUUGAUUCAACUGAUAAAACCACUGACGAUGGUAACACAACUGAUGACAGAACUUCUCCAGUUCAUUUGCAUUCUUUGAAACAAUCAGGAGACUCACCAGGCAUUGCUUUCAGAAAAUGCUGCUGCUGAUGAGGAUAUCGUUGUGAAGCUCUGGCUGGAGA